UCUGUCUUUCAGGACAUAGAUCUGAUUGACAUACUUUGGCGACAGGAUAUUGACCUGGGGGCUGGGCGUGAGAUUUUUGACUAUAGUCAUCGCCAGAAAGAACAAGAUGUGGAUAAGGAACUGCAAGAUGGAGUGGAGCAGGAGGACACCUGGCCAGGAGAAGGAGAAGAAGUUCUGGCACGAAACCUGCUAGUGGAUGGAGAAACUGGGGAGAGCUUCCCUGCCCAGGUGCCUGGUGGGGAGAACCAGACAGCCCUGUCCUUGGAAUUGUGCCUUAGGCUGCUGGAGGCCACCUGCCCCUUUGGGGAGAAUGCUGAGUUUCCAGCAGACAUUUCCAGCUUAACGGAAGCAGUGCCUAGUGAGAGUGAGCCCCCAGGUCUUCAGAACAACCUCUUGUCUCCUCUCCUGACGGGGACAGAGUCACCAUUUGAUUUGGAACAGCAGUGGCAAGAUCUCAUGUCCAUCAUGGAAAUGCAGGCCAUGGAAGUGAACACAUCAACAAAUGAGAUCCUGUACAAUAACCCUCCUGGAGACCCACUGAGCACCAACUAUAGCCUUGCCCCCAACACUCCCAUCAAUCAGAAUGUCAGCCUGCAUCAGGCGUCCCUGGGGGGCUGCAGCCAGGACUUCUCCCUUUUCAGCCCUGAGGUGGAGAGCCUGCCUGUGGCCAGCAGCUCCACACUGCCCCCACUGGUCCCCAGCAAUUCCACCAGCCUCAACUCCACCUUUGGCUCCACCAACCUAUCAGGCCUCUUCUUUCCACCCCAGCUCAACGGCACAGCCAAUGACACAGCAGGCCCUGAGCUGCCUGACCCACUGGGGGGUCUGUUAGAUGAAGCCAUGCUAGAUGAGAUCAGCCUGAUGGACCUGGCCAUUGAAGAAGGCUUUAACUCUGUGCAGGCCUCCCAGCUUAAAGAGGAAUUUGACUCUGACUCAGGCCUCUCCUUGGACUCUAGCCAUAGCCCUUCCUCCCUGAGCAGCUCUGAAGGCAGCUCCUCCUCCUCUUCUUCCUCUUCUUCCUCUGCUUCUUCCUCAGCCUCUUCCUCCUUUUCUGAGGAAGGUGCUGUUGGCUACAGCUCUGACUCUGAAACCCUGGAUCUAGAAGAGGUGGAGGGCGCUGUGGGCUACCAGCCCGAGUAUUCCAAGUUCUGCCGCAUGAGCUACCAGGAUCCGUCUCAGCUCUCUUGCCUGCCCUACUUGGAGCAUGUGGGCCACAACCACACGUACAACAUGGCACCCAGUGCCCUUGACUCUGACAAGCAGAUGAGCCGGGAUGAGCAUCGAGCCCGAGCCAUGAAGAUCCCCUUCACCAAUGACAAAAUCAUCAACUUGCCUGUGGAGGAAUUCAACGAGCUGCUGUCCAAAUACCAGCUCAGCGAAGCCCAGCUAAGCCUCAUCCGGGAUAUCCGGCGCCGGGGCAAGAACAAGAUGGCAGCGCAGAACUGCCGGAAGCGCAAGCUGGACACCAUCCUGAACCUGAAGCGGGAUGUGGAGGACCUGCAGCGUGAUAAAGCCCGACUGCUGCGGGAGAAGGUAGAGUUCCUCCGGUCCCUGCGGCAAAUGAAGCAGAAAGUUCAGAGCCUGUAUCAGGAGGUGUUUGGGCGGCUGCGAGAUGAGAAUGGGCAACCCUACUCGCCCAGUCAAUAUGCUCUCCAGUACGCUGGGGAUGGUAGUGUCCUCCUCAUUCCCCGCACCCUGGCCGACCAGCAGGCCCGGCGGCAGGAGAGGAAGCCAAAGGACCGGAGAAAGUGAGCCUGGGGAGGAAGGGGGGUUGACACUCACCAAGAUUGAAACUGGAGAAGGGCUGGGCCUGGACCUGGACCUACAGUGGGGGACUUGAAUGCCUUGUUAUCCAAUAGAUCUCAGAUGGGAUGACUGUGGGUCAGUGGACAGGAAGAGGCGGGCAUAGGCACUGUCUGGCUCAGCUUCCCCCACUGGGGAAUGUCGAAGUUGCCAGACUGUCUGGGUGGACAGGGUCUUCACCCAUCCCCCUUUCCUUUGAGGGAAGGGGUGGGGUGGUGAUGGCAUUGAUGGAGGCCGACAAAGGGGAAGGAAGGGACUUGUGAGAGGAGAGAAAAGUAGUAGAAAGUCUCAUUCCAGGAAGAAAUGAAGGAAAGAAAAACCAAAAAAAAAAAAAUCAAAAUCAAAGCUGGAAGAAAAAACUGCAGGUUAAGAUUGAAUCUGGCCAGGAUUCCAGGCAGCAGGUUUUAGGUGGGACUAGGUCAUUGGUGUGAGUAAACCCCACUUCACUCCAGGGGAGGGGUGGACACAGACAAGGUGAGUUCUGGGAAGGGCUUUGUGAACUCUUUCUGCUCCCACACUUUGAUAUCCAUGAAGGGGAGCUCUUAGAUAACUCCUUGAACGUUUCAACACAGGGGAGCUACCAGGACCCGACACCUGUUUAGAGGGUUAGGAUUAAAGGAUACUGAACAGGAAAGGGUCACAAGGCCCCGUAUUGCAGCAGCCCCAACACCAAGCAUGCCACUCACUGUCCCGCCACUCUAUCUCCCUGGUGCCCAGUCACCCCUGAGCUGAGGUUCCCAUGACUUCAUCAGAGCCUGCAUGCAAAUGCUGUUCUCUUCCCUGCCCCUCACCAGCUGCCCAGAGCUCUUCUGUAGCUGGGUGCUGGCAGUGCCCCCAGUGAUGGGCCUACAGCCUUCUGGGGGCUGCUCUGAGGCAGGGGGAUGAUGUGGAAAAGCCAGGUAGUAUUCAGCACAACACUGGGGAGUGACCCCUCAGACCUCCCACCAACAACUGGGCUUGUCACUGGAAAAAGCCAAAACAAAACCCAGCAACAAAAUACUAGUCCUCUUAGAGUUUCUUGCGCUUUGAUUUUUUUAGGGCUUGAGCCCUGUUUCACUUAUAGGGUCUAGGAUGCUUGUGUUGAGUAAAAAGGAGAUACCCCAAUAUUCAAAGCUGCUAAAUGUUCUCUUUGCCAUAAAGACUCCGUGUAACUGUGUGAA